AUGGAAGAUAAACAAGUGAGUAAUAAAGCAUUGGGAUUAAUAGGAGAGGUAAAUAACACUUUUGAAUUCUUUCUGUUAGACACAGGAGCAACAGAUAAUUUUAUACAAGACGAGUUUAUUAAAGAAAUGGCAAUAGAACGAGUAAAAAGUUGUCAAAUGCAGUUAAGCGCAGCUUGUGGAGAUCAAAUUAUAAAUGAAUGGGUUAAUGUAAAGAUCAAAAUCGAUAAUAUUAUAACAAAAAAUUAUUUUUUAUAG